GCUGUCUUGACGCUGCUUUCAGCUUUGCGGCUUCAUUUGUAGCGAGAGCAGUUUAACGGGACUGUCACCUAAUACUUUAUCACAGAUCAGAACACUAUGAAUCAAGAGAAACUCGCCAAACUCCAGGCGCAGGUCCGGAUAGGAGGAAAGGGAACGGCCCGCAGGAAGAAAAAGGUUGUUCACAAAACGGCAACAGCUGAUGACAAAAAACUCCAAGGCUCGCUGAAGAAAUUGGCAGUGAACAACAUCGCAGGGAUAGAAGAGGUGAACAUGAUAAAAGACGACGGCACGGUGAUUCACUUCAACAACCCCAAAGUUCAGGCGUCUCUGUCUGCCAACACCUUCGCCAUCACGGGCCACGCCGAGACCAAACAGCUGACAGAGAUGCUGCCAGGCAUCCUGAGCCAGCUGGGAGCCGACAGCCUCAGCAGCCUGCGCAAGCUGGCCGAGCAGUUCCCACGGCAAUCAGCAAUGGACAUGAAAGCGGUCAAGGAGGAAACUGCAGAAGAAGAGGACGACGAUGUACCAGAUCUUGUGGAGAACUUUGACGAAGCCUCAAAGAACGAAGCAAACUGAUAAAUUCUUCUUUUUCUCCCCCCCCAUCAGUCAACCGUUUUUAAUUCUUUUACCUCUUGCGGACUCACAAAGUUCAUUUCCUCUUGUGGGGAAGUGGUUGUUUGAGGUGCAGUGCAGCGUCUCUGGAGACGCGAGCCUCUUUGGUUCAGCCUGCCGCUACAACAACAUGCAGAAAGGUUUUGAUUUCAGUGAUACUGUGGACACAGGAUCUACACGACCGUCAGCACCCAAAGGACUCCAACUACGUUAGAUUGAAGCUGCUUCUGUGGCUAGUAUUUAAGAGAUUGUUUAUGAAAUUACAAUUGAAGUGAAUGGAGGGUUCACUUUUCAUUAUAGUGGUGAUUUUGAAUUUAAUAAAACAUUUUUGGGCUAUCA